ACGUCAAUAUCGUCAACUCAGCUGUCAGAAAUCUGACAGCAGGGUGGAUUGAUUUUUGUCGCAGUAGCAGUGUUUUUAAUAAAUUAUAAUUCAUAGAGAGCAUCUCAGUGCGAGUUUUGGUGGUCUCCAUGAACGUUUAACAGUUAUUUAGCUGUUUUAACCUCUAUCGUGGUCCCUGAGACACUAGUCCACCAUGCCAGGAACAAACUUGAUAGUACCGGUGGUCUUAUGGGGCAAGCACGCCCCAACCCACUGCGUGUCCUCAGUCUACCUCUCCCGGGACCAGAAGACCCUGGUGACGGGCUGCUACGAUGGCCAGAUCUGUAUAUGGCAGGUGGACCCUGAGAGCUUGAAGAUGACUCCGCGGUGCUUGCUUGUUGGGCAUACUGCUCCGGUUACGUGCUUGUCAAGAGCUUCUAUUAUACAGGACAACAAUUUUAUAGUAUCAUCAUCGGAAGCCGGUGAGAUGUGUACCUGGGACCUGGUGGAUGGCAAAUGCAGGGAGAGCGUCAAACUAUCACAGAUACACACAAAUAUACAGGCUUACCACAUGUGCAACAGCGAGGAUCUCCGUCUCUUCUGCAACGGUUACUACGCAGAGAUUCUUAUCAUGGACCCCUUCUCACUGGAGAUACUCUUCUCUCUGAGCUCCAAGAUGAAUCCGGAUUGGAUAUCGGCUUUGCAUGUGCUUCGUCCAUCUUCCAGAAAGGACGAUGUGGUUCUUGCUAUAUCCAUCACAGGGACUGUAAAAGUCUGGUCUCUCCUAGGCCAUGAGAACAAGCAAUCGGAGCCGAUAUACGAGAACGAAUCGAAACAGAUCCGUUGUCUCAACGCGCUGUCGCUCAACUGCUGCGCCUACAACCAGCGCACUGUUCUCAUCGUGUGCGCCAAGUAUUGUCAGAUAUAUGACGCUGGCGAUUUCUCGGUGCUAUGUUCGAUACAAGCGCCCUCUGGUGAGCGUUGGAUGUCGGGUGACUUUCUAGCGCCGGACAGAGUGUUAGUCUGCUCAACUGAAGGCAAAGGAUACUUAUACAAGUUGCCCGCCAACAAACUGCGUGGCCGGGCUAUCAGUAGUUCAGUACCGGAUCACAAAGGUUUUCACGGACCCACAGUGGACCACGACAGUCCCGUCCUGUUCGGAAUACUUGGACACCCUGAUAACAAGGUAUGGUUGGCAAAAAAAGUCAUGUAAUUAUGACAGAAUUGUAUUAAACUCAAUUGGGUAGGUAUAUACCUAACCACUUGGCUCCAUGCAGUAGAUUUA